CACUGUUGGAAGUAGUGACAGUCUACUCAGAAAGUAGCAGCAUUCAAUGUCAGACGAGGCUUGAUGCAGCAAAUUCUGAUAUUGCUGAACGAUCACAAGUCCAGAGUGAGCUAGGAUCCAGGCUACUAAAAAAUGAGGGAUUAGAUGAUAACAGUUUGACGAUGUCCGUCUUUCUCUUUUCUCUUUCCUCUGGCCGAAGACUUUGAAAAAAAAGCGAGACGUAAGACGGCCGGUGAAGCAUGCGCAACGCUCCGGUGGACGACCGGUGAAGCAUGUGCAACAAUGCCACGACAUGUUCGAUAUUCUUGCUGCGAAGUGGGCGGCCCCGCGAAACAACUCUUCUUCAAGAGUCUUCUUGUAGCUAGCCUCUGCGUGUCCUGCAGCUAUGCUGGAAGCGGUGUACUACGAGCUCCUCCAGCAGCAGGGGGACGUGGAGCGCGUGCGUUGUUCCGGAAAGGGAGGCCUCCUAUUAUGUCUCGUAUACGUUCUGAGAAAAUAAGAAUAACACUUUCAAAUACUUAUAACCUACAGCUUUGAAGACGUAGACCACAGCAGCUAAACAAAGCUAGAAGUAUAUGCAUGAUAGUGAUGUAAGGCAGUCUUCCAUCCUUUGCGUCUAAAUUGAGCCCCCUAAAAGAUAGCAGAAGGGGCACAACUUCCUGGAAGGGGUCCAGUUCGAUGGCUUUGGCGAAUGUUCGUGAUAACGGUUCUACAUCCAGUAAUGUCUUAUGGCGACCUUUCUGAGACUGUCUCUUUCUUAGCUGAAGUAUAUUCUCACGUUACUCUAGUACGAGUAUGAUCUGUCUGAAUAAUUCACGGGACUUUUGCUGUACUAGCUUACAACUGUUCCUCUUUCCUAAUCCUAUAAUCUUCACUGCUUUUGUAUUUCUGGUCUCGAAUAGUAAUAGAUCCAUCAAUGAUGUUUUGAUAUCUUCUAAGUUUCUUUGCUGGCGGAACUGACAGGUCUCUAUCGAGUGAGCUGCUUUCCCUACUAGUUCCGGAGGACUGCGAUUGUUUCGAUGACGCUGGUGUCUGUUUCAAGCCUGUGUGUCCUAGAGGCACCUUCAAAUGCUGCUUCUCGUGCGAGUGGUCGUCCUGUUGGAAGGAAGGUACUUGUACGAGUCUUACCCACGAAAGAAGUUUGGAGAUUACCUAGUUCUCCCUUCAUGGCUUAUCAAUCUGCUUUACAUCUUAUGGCUGCUCAAACAGAUACGAGGUUGUCUGGAUAUGACUACGAGGUCUCUCGUAAGAGUUGAUGCUCUCUUUUGCUGAAUUCAAUAACAGGUUUCUCGGAAGAGUUGACUCUCUCUUUUCGUGGCAUCUACGAAUGUUUACCAUGUCGACGAGGCGACUUCUGUCCUGGAUGCGAUGCAUUCGAGAGAUGUCCGAUGGAAGCGCGUUUCCACUACGAAAUUUAAGAUUCGCGAAUCUAGUCCUUGAAUAUACUUCUUUUAUUAAGUGUUUUUUCAGUAGCUCGAUUUAAUGAAUGUACGUCCACUUAAGAACGACGAGAUGUUAGUUGUGGGAAUCACGUCUCUCCUUGAGCCUACCUCGUCUUUGACUCAAUACAUAGUUCUCUACAACUGUCUCACAAGAAGGUUCUUUCAAGGCAAGAAGUUUCUUUCAACACAAGACACAGUUCUCUACAACUGUCUCACAAGAAGUUUCUUUCAAGGCAAGAAGUUUCUAAUUUACGCGAAAGACAGUCGCGAGUCCGAAAAUAUCUGCUAUCGGAGCCGGGUUUGAAAGGGAGUGUCAGACGUGUCCUACGUCGGGAGAGGCGGAUUAUGCUAAUGAUCGCUGUCUUCCCUCACCAUGGCGACAUGCAUGUGACGAAGAAAAAUUAGAAAACUGCAUCGAUUGGGAGUGUCGAUUAUGUUGAUGGGAUUUGUUUGAUAAAGAACUAGAGAUUCAGCGAAGCCGUGGGUCCAAUCUGAACCGACUAACAUCAUCACCAUGAAAGAGCUAGAUGACAUCAUAGGUCUCUCCCUCCCCCUUCUCUCUCCCAACUGUUCUCUCUCUCAACUGUUCUCUCCCCCAACUAUUCUCUCUCCCAACUAUUCUCUCUCCCAACUAUUCUCUCUCCCAACUAUUAUCUCUGCCCCAUCUCUCCUUCAUUCGCCGACGUCGAGGAGACACUGGAUUACGAAUGCGAGAGGCUGAAUUGUCGAAUGCGUUGUGCUAAGGAGCAAAGCCCAGAAUGUCUCAACACGUUCCAAGAAAUGUGUAGAGAAAUGACAACAAGACAGAUAGGGGAAGAUGGGGUAUUUUGAUAUAUUCUUUGACACGGUCGUCUUUAAAUGUCAUCAUCAACACGGUCUUCAAAUGUUGACUGUGAGGAAAUGUGAAAGACAGAUAGGGGAAGAUGGGGUAUUUUGAUAUGUUAGUUUCGGUACGUAGUACUUGUGAAGGAGUUUUUGGGUAGUUAGAAAUUAGAAAGAUACUUUGUUGGGAGGAUCAGCGAGGAAGAUUUACGCAAGCAUUUGUACUGAUGUAGGGGCGCGUUUAGAUUAAACAUGGCAUAGAAAUUUUUUCUUCACUACUCGACGUAACUUGUGGAUGAUAUAAAUAAAUUGAAUUCUUUUUUCACACCAGGUCCCAAUUGCGGCGCAGUCGGAAGUUCUGACGGGUCUAGACCUGCAGAUACAGGAUACUGGAGUCGCAUGGAUUGAACCAAUACCAUUGCGAGAACGCUGUAACGCAGACUGCAACUCAGCUCUUAGAAUGUACGGAGCAUUCAGUCGGGUCGCGGUGGUUGUUUCGGUCCUUGCGAAUUUCAUGAUGUUUAGUUUUGCCAGAGCCUGAUCAUGAAGAACGGCUGGUUCUAUUAUGGCUUCAUCAUGAAGAAAGGGUUCCAUGAUAGGUAGCCUUAGACGUCGUAGUAAAUCGAUAGUUUUCUCGGUUGUAGUACUUAAACGAUUUAUGAUCUAGUAGAGGUUUUGGACGAUAUUAGGCCAAGGCCAGGGUCAUCUCAGUACAUCAACAAUUUUUGGAAUGAAGCUCAUGUUCCAUUAAGUACUUAAGAGAUUACGAUUAGUCAAGCACGAGUACUAUUUCCUGUGUAUAAUGAUUCCUAGAAUUGAACACAUUUCUGUCCCAGGAGCAUAUUAUUUUUGUCUGUUUGAGUACGCUUGAAGUAGAAUAAGUCUUUUUUUUCACAAUAAUCUUGAUGUCCAAGAAGUUGAAAAUGUAGGAAAAUACAUUCUGUGCUGUUGUAUAGAUGUGGACAACAUGUGAUUCUUAGUUAUCCUCAACCUAGUUAAACAAAACCACCAGGAGGUCUAUGCUCUUCACCUUCUCACCAUAUUCGUGGGUAAAUACCAGUCGUCACGCAUAACAAGUAUCAGGUAUGUUUUGCAGUAUUAAGUGGGCAGAAGGUUUUGCAGAAUGAUUGAGUCAGUAAGUAGCAAGUGCAAACAUAAUUCGUUAGGUAAGCGAUCACCUCUGCGACUCUUGACCUGUUUGUUUAUAGAAGGUGCCCAAUGGAUCGAUUGAAUGAUACGAUUGAACAUCUUGUUGGGAAAGGAGAACGAAGGUGAUGUAAGGGCAAUGUUCCUCGUUUAAGGGGAUGCACAGAUGAUAUGUGGCUUGAGUUACGGCAUAGGAGCGCAAGUGGAAGCACACCGACCAACAGGCACUUUGGUACAAUUUCUUAAGGUGUGAUGAGCAUGAAAUGGUUG